CACAAACACAGCCGUAUAUGCACAGGGAAUUUGGGAAAUCAACAGGUUUGAUGGGAAUGUUGUAUGCUGUAAUAUAUCUGGCAUUCGAACAAAUCACUGAGUGGCUAUACACGCUGCUAUUGAAACAAAUCAAUGAGCGGCUAUACACGCUGCUAUUCAAACAUCCGAAAAAGGUUAUUGGCUGAGUGUUACAGACGAAAAUGUGAGAAGCUAUGCUUGCAGUUUCGGGAAGUGUUAUUGGCUGGGAUUGACAGACUACCCCUGAAGAAGAUAUACAGAGAAUUUAAGAAAAUGUUACUUGCUCUGGGAAGACCAAAGUGGGAGGAGCUAGACAGGGACUGUUUGGCGAUCGUGCUUCAAAAAGCGGGACUGAAGUCAUUAGUGUCCAGUGCUCCCUAUGUCUGCAAAACAUGGCAUGAAGCAAGCCUUGAUCCUAAGUGCUGGGAAGAUCUUGCUUUUCCUGAACAUAUUGACUUAAUGAUGGAACGGCUAGCUGGCAUUUCAAGGACUGCAUUCAUGAGGGCCAUAGUUGAUCAUAGUGGUGGACAUGCUACUUCAAUUAUGCUGUCCAAUGACUUCUCCAUAGAAGCAUUGGAGUAUGUCGGUAACCAGUGCCCUGCCUUGAAGUCUUUGGCUCUGCAUCAUCCUAUGGCUCUCCAGAAAGCAGUUGUUAUUUCAAACCAGAUAAGCAAAUGGGGAAAUCUUGAAACAGUAACCCUCAUGAGGGGCUGUCAUAUGAAGAAAAUAGUACCCCAAAUCAGUCUUCAUUGCAAGAACUUUACUGAUAUGAGGGCUCCCCAAUCCUACAUUGGGGAAGAUGAAGCAUCACUCGUUGUCACCCAUCUGCCAAAGAUUAAGCACUUGAGUUUAAAAGGAUCAACCAUUGAGGGGGAGACUCUAGUGAUGAUAAUACUGGGAUGCAAAGAGCUUGCGAGUUUAGACGCCAGGGACUGCACUGGUUUUAAGGCUGAUGAUGCUGGGAUACUGCAACUUGCUUCACAUAUUCCUGCAUUCAAGUGUGAAGGUUCCAGGGAUUUUAAGAAUUACAGACACAGGCUAGUCAAUGGUGUUCCACAACAAGAACUUGAAGAGGGCCAUAUUAAUAUUGAAUGGGAUCGCCUUUUUCAUAAGUUUGGAUAGCUUGAUGGGCUGAGUUCAGCAGGGCUUGGUAACCAGAGCUGCCAUAAGAAAUUCCCACAUGUAUACACAAAUAAUGUAAGAUGAACUAUCCAUACGCCAAUGCUUUUGCCAUCCUAAACUCUUCAAAACAUGUCCUAAAUUCUCCAAAACAUGUUGCCAUUGUCUGAGCCUUUUGUAGUCUACCUGUUGAUAUAGCUUUGGCCA